AUACAAUAUGUUUGAAGACAGAAUUAUAUGAUAAGUCAAUCAGGCUGAUGAUACAUGCAGUAAGUAAGAUUGUCAGUUAACAAUAAGAGCUGAAAAGGGAGCCCAAAGCAGAGAAGGGACAUUUUGUGCUAAUCAUUGCCAUCCAUACAGAUCCAAACAUCUCAGACAUGAGGGAUGAAAGGGGUUUGAAAGAGAGACUACAUAUAAGCAUCACCACAUUUACCCUUUUAUUAGCAGAUGUAGUUAAACAAAUAGAGAACAACUGGGCUCUGGCAGAUUAGCAUUAGGCACUCUGCUAGUUAAUAUAACAAAAGUGGGAGUAACAACUCUGCAAUGAUACAUAUUUAGUGCAAACAAGGAUUUUGUGUGUGUGUGUUGUGUAUCUGUGUUGACACAGGCAGGCAGCUGGAACAAGCACAAAACCACAGUUAAAAUGCAGAGGGUAAAUUUAUUGCCUUACCUCGCUAACUGGAAGAUCCCAAGGCAACACCCUGGCAGAGACACACAAGCAGAAAGGCAAGCACUGUUAGGCUCAGUCCAUCUGAGUGGAAAGGCAGGCCUGCUGCUUGCACCUAUUUAUCAAGGGUCUGUGCAUUUGUAGUUUACCAACAUGCUGUGAUCUCCUCUGGGGUUUUUUUAUGAUCUCUGAGCUUUGACCCUCUCUCUCCCAAAACCAAGGAGCUGAAGCAUGUCCAUGAGAGUGCCUCCAAGUCUCUCAAAACACCGUUAUCUGUUCACAGAAAUGCUUCUCAAAACAGAGUAUAAACAGCCAUAGGGGCUCCCCACACUUUUAUUCUCCGCACCCUGACAUUCCCAGAUGCAAGGUCACUUGAGUGAAUCUACCAUCCUCCUCCUCCUCCUUGCCCUUCUUCCACUUUUAACCCUUUCCUCCCAAAAGUGCGUAAAUUAAGUAGCAGAACAGUUUGGGGUGUGCUGAAUUUGACUGUUUGCAUGGCAUGAUGGGGACAGUUGACAGCUGAGCAUAUGGAUGUUGUUGUAAAACAUUUGUGAGGUGGGUUGUUACAAAAUCAAUUAUUCUCUUAAAAAGUGCUUAAAAAAUCAGCCCCCAGUGGUAGUGUUACUGUGGGAGUAGUGAAAAUAUAUUUAGAAAAAAGUAACCAAAAUAUAGUGAGAAAUAUUACCAUCUGUAGGUUUCAACAGAUGCAUCAGGAAGAAAGUUUGAGUUUUGAAUUUUGAGGGGGUUUCACUUGUCUAUUUUCUUUUCCCAAGAAAAUUAUUUUUGUGUGAAAGGGUAAGAUCUUGCAUCGUAAGUUUUAUUUAAGUCUAGUAAUACAGUAAUUAAGUCUAGUAACAGAGAUGUUAAUUUUGAUUCUUAAUUUCUGCUGAAUUAUUUUUAUGUAUCACUUUUUGCAAUGCUGUUAGUGUCACCAGUAAACUGAAUUUUAAAAAACCAAACAAACAGGGUAGAUCUUCACCUAACUACAGACAAUCUGGGGUUUAGUAUUCAGCAAGAAAGGAAAAAAACCCUAGAAGUAAAACAAACAAAAGAAAACAGAUGUAUACAUAGCUGCUGACCUGUCAAAAAUCAGCAGGACGUGGCUCAGUGGAAUUAGUGACGGACAGCAAACUGCACACCGUGGUUUCCAAAGGUGUGGUGCUGCUUAUGUGCCAAAACCUAAAACAUGAGUAGAAAUUAAAAUGAAAAGUAACUCUGGUGUCUGCUGUGCUCCUCAGCAUUGUCACACUUCUCCUCCUCUGGUCCAGGCUGGAUACAGCACUCCAAGCAAAUGUGGGAACUCUGAUGGAAGUCCUUGACCUGCCCUGGACAGUGCAUUGCCUGUCUCUGUAAGAUCUCAAGAGUGUUAACACACUGGUCAAAGCCAAAAACUCCGCCUUCUUGCAAAUAUUAGGAGGAUGUUGGCGGCGGCACUCCUUACUCCUAAGCAGCUCAUGCUGCAGCCAGGUGGUGAAGGGAAGAAAUUGUGUGGGAUGAGCAGUGGGUAUUUGAAAAAAACGUUGCUUCGGGUUAAAGUUUUUUUAGUAUAUAUAAAAAGAUAUGAACUUGAUUUCGGUUAAAUAUUACAAAAAUAUGAAUGCAUAAAAAUAUAUCAAUAGCAUGUUUUCCCCUGGAAAAUUACAGAGGUGUCCUGGAGAAUGAAACUUGACUUUCUAUCCUGCUAAAACGUUCAGGUAUUGCAGUGGCAGAGGUUUGGCUCAGGCCAAAGAGGAGAUGCCAUAGUUUGAGAAUUAGCACGAGCAUAGGAUUAUGCACUGUAGGCAGUUUGGAUGUGGCCACCUUGUGUUCGAAGGUGGAGUGGAUUAUCCCGCCUCAGGUGAGCUCAGCACCACGUUUAAUCUGCUAGUACAGAGGCAGGCUGCAGUUCCAGGCCGGCUUCCAGGGCAGUGUUUGUUAAAGCUGCGGUCAGAUCUCUCGGGAAUGUCCCAGGUGUUGCCCACAAACACGGGACUAGUGCGUGUCCUGAUCCAUAAUCCUUUUGUUGCUCUUAAGAACUUGCCAGCCUAAACUACUGAUUUUCCUCACUUUUGUUGGCACAAACUGUAUGCCAGUUCUGAUUUCCCAGACCUUUACGGGCCGAACUUCUUGUAAGAUCAUUAACCAACUUCUUGGGCAGGGGAAAAUUAGCAAGUAAGUGGCAUUUUGUGGCAGGGGCAUAAAACAACAUAACCUCAGAUGCAGCAAAAUGGCCAACACAGCGGCAAAAAUAGCAAGUCCUGCAGUUCUCUUGGAAAAAUGACAAAAUUAUAAAACUGUAAAACAGUGUAGAACAUGACGGUGCCGAAAGCGCCCGUGCCAGGUGUGGACACCUGCCAGCACCUCCCGGCCCGCGCCGGGGCCGCCAUGCCGGGUGGGGGCACUGCCAGCACCUCCCGGCCCGCCCCGGGGCCGCCAUGCCGGGUGUGGGCACUGCCAGCAUGGCCCCGCCCAGAUCGCGGAGGCAGCCAAUGGCCGCUCAGGAGGCGUGGCCAUGUGCGGAAGUAGGCGGGGCCGGCGGAGCGCGGGAAGCUGGGGCGCGGGGCCAGGCGGGCACAGGUCGGGGUCCGGCCGGGCCGUGUUGGGCGGUGUCGGUCGGUCGGUCGGUCGGUCGGUCGGUCGGUCGGUCGGUCGGUUGGUUGGUUGGUUGGGAGCGUGCCAGAGGCAGUCCCGGGGCGCGGGAGAUGGAGUUCUCCAGCCGAGCGAGGCAGAAGCAUACGCGGCUGGCUGGAGACCGGCGGGAGCAGUACCCUCACAGCCUACAGUUUUACUUGGAGCCCCCCACGGAAAGCAUCUCCCUGCUGGAGUUUGAGAGCUUUGCCAUCGACCGCCUGAAGCUGCUCAAAGUAGUUGAAAAUCUUGGUGUGAGCUAUGUAAGAGGUACUGAUUUAUACAAAACCAAGCUGGAGGCUGAGUUCCGGAAACUGAAGUUUCCCUACAGAGCUUUGGCUGAGGAUGAUUAUGAGGCAAGAAGAAAAGAUCAUAUCUCCCAUUUCAUACUGCGCCUUGCUUACUGCCAGUCUGAGGAUCUCAGGCGAUGGUUUCUUCAACAAGAAAUGGAUCUCUUCCGAUAUCGCUUCAAUGAACUAACUGAAAAUUUAAGGCAGAAAUUCCUGGAACAUGUUAACUUAUCAUUUGAAGGUAUUGGUGAAGACCUGAAAAAUGAAUUGGCUGAUGACCUGUGUGCAUCAACCCCUGGCUUUAAUAUCUCUAAAGUAAAAGAACAAAUGUUCUAUAAGGUUGGACUUGCAGAUGCUGUGGAUUUAUUUAGAGCCAGAAGAGUAUUUAUUAAAGAUGGCUUUGCCUAUGUGCCAUUAAAGGAGAUUGAUGUGAUUGUUUUGAAUAAUUAUAGAACAAAAUUGUCUAAAGCACUGGCGCUGACAGCACGAUCACUACCUUCCAUACAGUCUGAUGAGAGACUUCAACCUCUGCUUAGUCAUCUCAGCCAUUCUUAUGUUGGCCCAGAUUACAGCAUCCAAAAGAACACUGGAAAAAUUUCUCUAGAGCAAAUCGAUGCUCUCUCUGUGAAGUCAUUCCCUCUCUGCAUGCGGCAGUUGCACAGAGCCCUCCGGGACAGCCACCACCUCCGUCACGGAGGCCGGAUGCAGUACGGACUCUUCCUAAAAGGCAUUGGCCUGACUCUGGAGCAGGCACUGGAAUUUUGGAAGAAAGAAUUUAUCAGAGGAAAAGUGGAUGCAGAUAAGUUUGACAAAGGAUAUGCUUACAGCAUUCGCCACAACUAUGGGAAAGAAGGAAAGAGGACUGAUUAUACCCCAUACAGCUGCAUGAAGAUUAUCAUGUCCAAUCCACCAAGUCAAGGGGAUUAUCAUGGGUGCCCAUUCCGCCACAGUGAUCCUGAGCUACUGAAGCAAAAGCUGCAGUCAUACAAGAUCCCUCCCAGUGGAAUAACUCAGAUCCUGGAGCUGGUGAAGGGCAUGCAUUACCAGCUGGCCUGUCAGAAGUACUUCGAGUUCACGCAUGAUGUUGAUGACAUUGGGUUUUCUUUGAAUCAUCCUAAUCAGUACUUUACGGAGAGUCAGAAGCUAUUGAGUGGUGGUAGAGAACUGAAGAAGGAAUUCAAUAACUCAGGAAACUUUCAACAGAAAAAUAAUAGUCAGGAAAGCAUAAAUUCAAGUUCUACUCCCACCUCUUCAAAUGCAACAGCUGAUACAGAACUGGAAGGACUGGAAGCAUACUUCACUGAAGACUAAGCAGCUGCAUUACUUGUUUGUUAUUUGUGUUAUUUUUUCUUUCAUUCUUUCCCUUCUUUAGCUGGAUUUUGUCCCUAUACUGAGGACUAUGCACUUCACUGGAAUACAGAAGCAUUUAGUGCUUUGAAUAGGUUGAAAAAAAGAAAGACCAAUAUAAAAGCUGUAAUUGCAUCCAGUAUUUAUUCUUACUGCUUUAGGAAGCUGUUUUAUAUGGUGUGUUUAAGGAUGGGAGAUGAAACUUCCCAAUUAUUAGGUAAUUUUUGUCUGACUUACCUUUUUUGGUUUUUUUCAAAAUGUUCAAAUAUUUUUACCUCCUUUUGGGUCAGUUUUCUAUGUAUCAUCUUAAUAAAAAAAUUGCAAAGCAAAA